AGAUUUUUGACAGAAAGGAGAAUCUGUACGAAAGGCAUGUGUAUAACAGUUUCAAACCAUGGUUGAUCUAGCUAGGCAAGCAUUUACUUCGAAGAAUUUUGACUUAGCUGCCGAAAUUUACGAACGGACAAUACGUGAAAAUGGACCUAAAACUGAAUUAUUGUUAGGAUUAGCCGACUGCUUUGCUAGACUUGGCCAAUUUGACAAAGCUUUCCAGUGCUACUCUAAAGCUUCUAGGCAUGGGCCUAUUUCACCAAAGGAUUUGAAACAUUUAGUGUCGGCUCUAGUGAACAUUGUGAAGCAGGAUAUUGUGAUACCUCCUGAAAUGAACAAAAUUGUGAUGUUCGACUGUCUGCUAUGUCGAAAUAUGCUGUUUGACCCGGUUACUAUACCGUGUGGACACACUUUCUGUAGACCGUGUUUAAUAAAAAACCAGUCAAAACAAUGUAAACAUUGUAAGGCUAUUCAUCCGCAUAUGAAUAUUUCAAGAAUAAAAACAAACGUUUUAUUUUCACAAAUAAUAGACAAAUGUUUUCCAACAUAUCGAAAAGCAGUAGAAGUAAAACAAAGUGCAAAUGAUGCUAUGCAGUCCUGUAGAUUUGAAACAGCAAUACAGCUGUAUACUUCCGCAUUGGAGUUAGCUCCUAAAGACCAUCUGCUGCUGAGCAAUAGAUCAUAUGCAUUCUCCAGACUUGAUAAGUAUCAGGAGGCCCUCGACGAUGCUGAUCAUGUUCUCAGCCUUCGCCCUGAUUGGCCCAAGGGGUUCUUCAGGCGAGGAUGUGCCCUCUAUGGACUUGGUCAUUAUGAAGAAUCAGUGGUGGCCCUGUUGCAAUGUUUGGCCCUUGACUCUUCUAUUGAAACUGCAAAAGACUACCUCUCUAAGGCCCUUCACAAUAUCAUUCUCCCACUUGCCCCAGACGACCCAAAAGCAGCCGAACUGCAACGGGAGCUGAACCCCAGCCUUCUUGAUCAACUGAUUCGCUCAAAUUUCGAUGCGUCGCUCAUGCCUGGGCGUGUGACGGUCCAGACCGUGCAUGAACUGAAGCAGAUCAUCACAGAUACAGUGAAUACUGCUGCUAACUUCCUGGAUGAGAAGUGUCAAGCAUUUAAUCCAGAGGUAUCUAAAGUAGACAUGGCACGAGAUCGUCAGCCUGUCGGACAUUGCCGACGAAAAUUUCUUAAGGCCGACCGCGAAUUUCAAGAUCGCCGGACUCACAGUCCGAUUAAUGCUACUGGAACAAGUUUUGAGAGUGCAGAACCAGGCCCUUCAAGUAGUCUAAGAUGUAUCUCAGCCCCCAACUCAAGGGCAGGGACUCCCGUGAUGAUGAAGAGAAACUUCUCGGAAUCCUCAAACCUGGCCCGCACUGAUGAUGGUGUGAGCUCCAAUGUUGCAAUGGAGACAAAUCACCAAGGUGGAGAGUUGCCACCCCCAGACUCCAGUUCCAACAAUGUGCAACUGGCUCUGAACCGAGAGGAUUUCGAGUGUAGCCUGUGCUACAGGCUCCUGCAUCUACCAGUGACCACCACCUGUGGGCAUGUCUUCUGUCGACCCUGCCUCGACAAGUGCUUGGACCACAAGACCGAGUGCCCUCUGUGCAAGAGCUCCCUUGUUGAGUACCUGGCUGAGCGUCGUCAGGCAGUGACGUCUGCCAUAGAGAACUUCCUGGAGACCUACCUGCCUGCUGAAAACAGGGAGCGGGCUCAACAGCAUGAGGAGGAGCUGCAGGAACUAGCCAGGAUGGGUGAAGAUAAAGAGCAUGAUAUACCAAUAUUCGUCUGCACCCUGGGGUUCCCGAAUGUUCCAUGUCCGUUGCACAUUUUCGAGCCUCGAUAUCGGCUGAUGGUUCGCCAAUGCAUGGAGUCUGGGCGGAGGCAGUUUGGCAUGUGCAUUAGCACAGGACCUGAAGAGCCUGAUUUUUCUGAAUAUGGUACCAUACUGGAAAUCAGAGAUGUACAGUUCUUUCCUGAUGGAAGAUCGCUGGUGGAUUGUGUUGGCGGGAAACGCUUCAAGGUCAUCAGCCGAGGUCAGCGUGAUGGGUACAAUACAGCGAAAGUUGAGUACAUAGAAGACCAUCCGCCUGAAAAUAUGGAAGAGGUUCGAAAGCUGUCAGAAAAGGUGUACAAAGUAUGUAAGAAGUGGUACAAUGAGCUACAUCAAGGACAAAGAGCCCAGAUUUUGCAACAUAUGGGAGAAUUGCCAGGAGCAGAAAAUGAGCAAAACUUUGGAGCCCAUGGUACUGCAUGGCAUUGGUGGAUGACGGCAGUGCUUCCUAUUGAUCCGCGCAUUCAGCUGGCCAUGAUUGCUAUGACCUCGUACAAGGAACGCCUCAAAGGUCUCGGCAAAGUUCUUGGAUUUUUACAAAAUAAGCGAGACAGUCGGUGACUGGUCAUGGUGCUAUCCGCCAUAUUCGCUGUUAUGAACAUCAUAUUCAGAUACGCCAUGGAAACCUCAGGAUAAACUGCAGAUGUAAAGUUUGGGGAUGUGUAAAAUGGCUUUGGUGUACCUUAUAACCAAAAAUUUGUCACCUCAAAUAAUAUGGGCUUGUCUGCUCAUUUUUAUGUGUUGGAUAAUAGAUAUGCCCCUGUUUAAGAUUAGACUCUGGACAAAGAAAACUGCUUCAUGUAAAGUCUGUAUUGCAGAUACUUUCUAUGCCAUUUUAGCAAUGCUACUGAAAACAUAUCAGGUAAAAACUUUGGUUUUGAUAUGCUAUUGAUAAAAUGAUAAGCAGUAUUUUUAUUAGCUCGUCUCAGCACAAUGUUUCAUUGUUUGAAUGAUAUGUGACCUUUUAUUCUUUAUACAUGUUAUGUAAUAAACAAUGUAUUUCCUUUUUUAACCAUAUAAAUUGACAGGUGAACUAGAAUACUUCUUUAACAAUAUUAAGUCAGAGAUGAUGGACAUUCAUGAUGAUUGUCCCACAAUAUUUAUGCCCCCCUUCGAAGAAGAGGGGGUAUAUUGUUUUGCACAUGUCGGUCGGUCCGUCCGUCCACCAGAUGGUUUCUGGAUGAUAACUCAAGAAUGCUUAUGCCAAGGAUCAUGAAACUUCAUAGGUACAUUGAUCAUGACUGGCAGAUGAACCCUAUUGAUUUUCAGGUCACUAGGUCAAAGGUCAAGGUCACAGUGACUCUAAAUAGUAAAAUGGUUUCCGGAUGAUAACUCAAGAAUGCUUAUGCCUAGGAUCAUGAAACUUCAUAGGUACAUUGAUCAUGACUGGCAGAUGGCCCCUAUUGAUUUUCAUGUCACUAGGUCAAAGGUCAAGGUCACAGUGACUCGAAACAGUAAAAUGGUUUUUGGAUGAUAACUCAAGAAUGCUUACGCCUAUGAUCAUGAAACUUCAUAGGAACAUUGAUCAUGACUGGCAGAUGACCCCUAUUGAUUUUCAGGUCACUAGGUCAAGGUCACAGUGACUCGAAACAGUAAAAUGGUUUCAGGAUGAUAACUCAAGAAUGCUUACGCCUAGGAUCAUGAAACUUUAUAGGUACAUUGAUAAUGAUUGGCUGAUGACCCCUAUUGAUUUCCAGGUCACUAGGUCAAAUGUCAAGGUCACAGUGACACGAAAAGUAAAAUGGUUUCCAGAUGAUAACUCAAGAAUGCUUAUGCCUAGGAUCAAAAACUUCAUAGGUACAGUGAUCAUGACUGGCAGAUGACCCCUAAUGAUUUUCAGGUCACUAGGCCAAAGGUCAAGGUCACAGUGACAAAAACGUUUUCACUAAAUGGCUGCCACUACAACUUACAGCCCAUAUGGGGGCAUGCAUGUUUUACAAACAGCCCUUGUUACUAAUUUGAGCUCUACCAUCAAAACUGUAAAAAACAAUUGAAUAAGAAAAUAUUGUAUCCUGUCUGCAUCCUAAUUUUGUUUCGCCCCACUAAUUGUACCUUCACAUUUUAAUUUGUAUUUUUGUUACAGUAUUAAGAUAUUUUUGCAAGUUCUUAGAGUAUUGUAAAUUAUUCUUAUAUUGUUUUAUAGUUUUUAAAGUUCAUGUGUCAGUACAUUAGUAUAAACAAUUUUUUGCAAAGCAUCAAAUUGUAACUUGAACAUUUCAUCAAUAUUAAAAUUGUUGUUGCGAUUAGUUUAAAGGUUAUACAAAAGAUAUCUUGUACACAAUAUAUUAAUAGUUUGAGCAAAGUUAAAUCAGAAAUCCAACAUUUGGUGAAACCAUGUUUGUGUAAGAGUAACAAUAUUUUUUCAAGGGUGUCAUCCCAUUUAGCACCAGACGUUGCCCAAUUUCAUUUGACAGAAAUUUCAUCUGCUUUGGAGUUUUAGCUCACCUUUCACGAAGUGACAUGGUGAGGUUAUGUGACCGUGUGAUGUCUGGCAUCCGUUGUGUGUGUGUGUGUGUGCGUGCGUGCGUGCGUGCAUGCGUGCGUCAACAAUUUGUUUGUGAAGACAGUAGAGGUCACAGUUUUCAUCCAAUCUUUAUGAAAUUUGGUCAGAAAGUUUAUCUUGAUGAAAUCUGGUUUAUAAUUGUAUUUGGGUCAUCUGGGGUCAAAAACUAGGUCACUAGGUCAAAAACUAAGUCAAAUAAUAGAAAAACCUUGUGUAGACAAUAGAGGUCACAGUUUUCAUCCCAUCUUUAUGAAAUUCGGUCAGAAUGUUUAUUUUGAUGAAAUCUGGGUUGGGAUUGUAUUUGGGUCAUCUGGGGUCAAAAACUGGGUCACUAGGUCAAAAACUAGGUCAAAUAAAAAAAAAACCUUGUGUAGACAGUAGAGGUCACAGUUUUGAUCCAAUCUUAUGAAAUUAAGUCAGAAUGUUUAUUUUGAUGAAAUCUGGGUUGGGAUUGUAUUUGGGUCAUCUGGGGUCAAAAACUGGGUCACUAGGUCAAAAACUAGGUCAACUAAUAGAAAAACCUUGUGAAGACAGUAGAGGUCACAGUUUUCAUCCAAUCUUUAUGAAAUUUGGUCAGAAUGUUUAUCUUGAUGAAAUCUGGGUUGGGAUUGUAUUUGGGUAAUCUGGGGUCAAAAACUAGGUCAAAAACUAGGUCACUAGGUCGAAAACUAUGUCAAAUAAAAGAAAAAACUUGUGUAUACAGUGGAGGUCACAGUUUUCAUCUAAUCUUUAAGAAAUUUCGUCAGAAUGUUUAUCUUGAUGAAAUCUGGAUUGGGAUUGUAUUUGGGUCAUCUUGGGUCAAAAACUAGGUCACUAUAUCAAAAACUAGGUCAAAAAAUAGAAAAACUUUGUGUAGACAAUAGAGGUCGCAGUUUUCAUCCAAUCUUUUUGAAAUUUGGUCAGAAUGUUUAUCUUGAUGAAAUCUGGGUUGGGAUUGUAUUUGGGUCAUUAGAGGUCUAAAACUAUGUCACUAGGUCAAAUAUUAGAAAAACCGUCAACAAUUUGUUUGUGUAGACAGUAGAGGUCACAGUUUUCAUCCAAUCUUAAUGAAAUCUGGUCAGAAUGUUUAUCUUGAUGAAAUCUGGGAUGGGAUUGUAUUUGGGUCACCUGGGGUCAAAAACUAGGUCACUAGGUAAAAAACUAGGUCACUAGGUCAAAUAAUAGAAAAACCUUGUAUAGACAAUAGAGGUCACAGUUUUCAUCCAAUCUUUAUGAAAUUUGGUCAGAAUGUUUAUCUUGAUGAAAUCUGUGUUGGGAUUGUAUUUGGGUCAUCUGGGGUCAAAAACUAGGUCACUAGGUCAAAUAAUAGAAAAACAUUGUGUAGACAAUAGAGGUCACAGUUUUUAUCCAAUCUUUAUGAAAUUUGGUCAGGAUGUUUAUCUUGAUAAAAUCUGGGUUGGGAUUGUAUUUGGUUAGUAAGGUGAGCGAUUCAGGACCAUCUUGUAUAUAGAUGUAUUCAUGAAUGUCUGUGUGUGAGCGUGUGUGUGUGCAAAACUAUCAAAAUAUAUACCAUAAAGGAAAUACUUAGUUUGUUAUGCCCUAAAGGAGAACCGGCACCUUUCUUUCUGGUAAUAGGUACAUUAGGAACUCCGAACAACUGUGUGGAGCGUGGUACAAAUUUACAGUUAAAUGACCUAAAUGUGAUGAUAUUAAAAGAACCAGGCAGAAAUAUGGCCUUGUGUUUUCUGCUACAUUAAAUGAAGUUGCCUGUGUUUUCAACUUUCUUAAAGUAAAGAAUUGAUCCUCCUCAAACUAACGUAGUUAAAUGACGUUAAUCAAUGAAUCUUGUUCCAUUUUUCACAGUACAAUAAGCCUAAUGUGUAGAUGAUUGCAAAGAAAGGAAAUGUGGCUACUUCCAGUUUUGACUUAAUAAUGAACCAUUGCGUUUUUGUAAUGACUGUAGAAUAUAUAGCAGAUUUAUUGUGUCCAAACGUGUUUUGGGAGCAUCAGUGUCUGGGACAGAUUUCUUUGUUUAGUCUAUUUCUAUAACAGAAAAAAGCUUUAUUUGUGAUUGUCUAUUUAUUUAUGUUUUAUCUUUGUAUAUACACCUUAUAUUAUUUAUAACAGUCCAAAAUGUGUAAAUGAAUUUGGUUGUAUCAUAGUAAUUUCAAUAAAAUACUUAAUAGACAGCAGUUGGUAACAUAUGAGCCUGUUGCUUAAUAAUUUUGUAAUUAUUUAACAACCUGAAUCCAUGAAGAUGUUUGACCGUUGGCCUUUGGUGUGACUUUUGGCUUAGGGGUAACACAUCUCCACAUAGAAAAAUUUAGGUAAAUUAUUUUGAAAUUGCUUGAUAAAGGUUGAAUUAACUUUUAUAUUUCAACUUUUCUUUACUCUUUUGAUAGACCUUGACGUUUUAGGUAGGGACACAGUUGUCAGACAGUUUACAGUAGAGACAAUCUGACCAUGAUUAACAUUUUAAAAUUGCAUGAUGACUGAUAGAGUUACAGCCCUGAAAAGCUGUUAUGGCAAAGUUAAACUUUAGACCUUUAAAUUUGACCUAAACCCUUAAGUUAGGGGGACAGACUUUUGGCACCAUGACUCAUCUUAGCAUCUUUGACAUUUGUGGUAAGAAUAAAAUUUCUUUAAUUGUUGCAUUGAAAAUAUAAAAACCUAUUUCACUUGAGAAAAUAUUCGUAUCUGCAUUAAAUAACUCCUGUGACUGGAGCAGCAAUAACUUGUGAGCAUCUGUCGGUCCAAAUCAAUAUGUCAUUGACCUUAACCCAUAUGAUAAUUUGAGGAUGUUUAUGACAACUUCUGCCUUCACUAUGUUUUCCUCUACACUGAAGUCAUUAAGCUUUGUUAAAAACUGUUAAUUAUGAGAAUUUUAACAAAUUCAACAUUGUGUUUAUUUAAAGAUGUUGUUUUAUUAUGAUAUAUGACUAUGAACCAGAUAUUAUACAUGGAUGUUGUGAUUGUCUUAUUUGUACAUUUUCUUCUGUUUUAGUCUAUGUACAAAUAAAAAAAACAAUAUUUCUUUUGAAUGAUUAAAAACUUACUUUUGAUCGGUAUCUGCACAUGAUAUUAACUUAAUGAAAAGAUUGUGUGUUGUUUUAAUGACCAUGCUGUAUAAAAAUAAAAAAAACAUGAAAA